AUGGCCUCGCAGCGUGAUGAGUCCGCUGGCUCCCUGCCAGUUGAUGAGCACUUGGAGCGUGAAAUCUCCACCAGCAGUUCCGAAGGGCCACGAUUCGAACCACUCCGCACCAGAAAGACAAGGGAUUCGGUGUCCUACCAAGUCGACCAUCAUGAUGGCGAUACACGCAGCGAGCUGGCCAGAAUUGCUACUCUCCUGUCUGGUGGGCAACCAAGCCACACAAGCACCGAUACUGGCCUUCAAAGAGAGGAUACUGUUGCGGGUAUGGACAUUAAGUCUCCAGAAUUUAAUCCCCAUCAUCCAUCCUUCAACUUCUUUCUCUGGCUACGAAAGUACGUGCAGCUUCUCGAACAACACAACUUCAAGCGCCGAAGGAGCGGAUUUACCUUCGAAAAUCUCAGUGUCUCAGGCAAAGGAUCUGCUCUAGUCCUGCAAAAGACGGUUGGUUCCAUCUUCAUGCAACCAUUCCGGCUUCGCGAGAUCUUCAGCAAUCCUCCCGAGAAACAUAUCUUGCGCAACUUCAAUGGGCAUGUCAAUAGUGGCGAACUGUUGAUCGUCCUUGGAAGGCCCGGAAGUGGUUGCUCUACCUUUCUCAAGAGUGUCUGUGCAGAGCUUCAAGGGUUGCAGCUGUCAAAGGACUCCAGUAUAACCUACAGCGGUAUCAAGCAAGAUGUGUUCUCUAAAGAAUUCAAAGGCGAGGCCAUCUACAACCAAGAAAAUGAAAAACACUUUCCUCACCUGACGGUUGGAGAGACCCUUAACUUUGCUGCGGCCUGUCGCGCACCGUCCAAUCGAGUUCUCGAUGUGCCUCGAAAGGUUUGGGCAGAGCAUAUGGCGUCUGUCAUGAUGAACAUCUUCGGCUUAUCACAUACUCGGAAUACCAAAGUUGGAGAUGACUUUGUUCGCGGGGUUAGCGGUGGCGAACGAAAACGAGUCAGUCUCGCCGAAAUGGCUCUUGCAGGCCCGCCCAUCGCGGCAUGGGAUAACUCCACUCGUGGCCUGGAUUCGCAAACUGCUCUGGAGUUCAUCCGGUCUCUGAGGACUGCCGCUGACAUAGGUGGCCUAACUUCGCUCAUCGCCAUCUACCAAGCCUCACAAGCCAUCUAUGAUCUCUGCGAUAAAGCAAUUGUCCUUUACGAAGGACGACAAAUUUACUUCGGCCCUACCAACAAUGCUAAAGCGUACUUUGAGGAGAUGGGGUGGUACUGUCCUCCCAGGCAGACCACCGGCGACUUCCUAACGUCCGUCACAAACGCCAGUGAAAGGCGGCCGCGGCAAGGCUUCGAAAACCGAGUGCCCCGAACCGCGGAAGACUUUGAAAAGUAUUGGCUCCAAAGCCCGCAUUUCAAGAGCGCCCGAGAAGAAAUCAGCCGUGCAGAAAACGAGGACGCCGAUGGCAAGGAAGCACUCGCAACUUUCAGAGAGUCUCACCAAAGGAGGAAGGCCGAACAUACUCGUCCCAAAUCUCCUUAUGUCAUCAACAUCCCCAUGCAGAUUCGCUUAUGUACCACCAGGGCAUAUCAAAGGCUUUGGAAUGACAAAGCAUCAACUAUUGCCGUCGUGUUCAGCCAGAUUGCGCAGGCCCUGAUCGUCGGUUCGGUCUUCUAUGGCACACCUCUGUCGACUGGCAGUUUCUUUGCGAAGGGCUCCGUCCUCUUCUUUGCUGUUCUACUGAGUGCACUGAAGUCGAUCGUUGAAAUCAACACAUUGUAUGCCCAACGCCCAAUAGUGGCCAAACACAAGUCUUACGCCUUUUACCAUCCGUUCACCGAGGCUGUCGCCGGUAUUGUGGCCGAUUUGCCUAUCAAAUUUUGUGUGACAACAAUUUUCAACGUCAUCUUAUAUUUCCUUGCAGGACUCAGGACCGAACCCUCACAAUUCUUCAUUUUCUUCCUAUUCAACUUCGUGUCCAUGUUGACCAUGUCUGCCAUCUUCCGAUCCACCGCUGCCGUCACCAAAACCAUUUCGGCGGCCAUGGCCAUUGCUGGCAUUAUGGUUCUUUGGAUCGUCAUCUAUACCGGGUUCACCAUACAAUACUCCUAUAUGCAUCCUUGGUUCAAGUGGUCUCGAUGGAUAAAUCCGGUUUCGUAUGCAUUCGAAGGUCUCCUGGUGAACGAAGUCCAUGGCCGCGAGUUUCCUUGUGCGGCAGCCAGCCUUGUCCCACCAUAUGGCCAAGGCCGCAACUUCGAAUGCGCUGUUGCCGGGGCUAUUCCUGGGGAGAACAAUGUCUCGGGCGAUGCAUGGGUUCAAGCAUCCUACGGAUACUCCUAUAGCCAUAUUUGGCGGAACCUCGGCUUCCUCUUCGCCUUUCUGGUUUUCUUCUUCGCUGUCUAUUUCAUCGCCACGGAAUUGAAUUCAGAUUCGACAUCAACGGCAGAGUUUCUGGUCUUUCGACGUGGCCGUGUUCCGGUAUACUUGCUGCACGGUGAUCGCAAAGACGAAGAGACAGCAGUUGUCCACGAGAAGGGAACAGCAUCCAAUGCCGCCUCCGAAGCCAAACAAGAAGAUGAGAUCAACGCUCUACCGGCGCAGAAGGAUGUCUUCACAUGGCGGAAUGUUACACUAGAUAUCAAAAUUCAAGGGGAGCCUCGAAGACUGCUCGAUGGCAUAUCAGGCUGGGUGAAGCCCGGGACGUUGACGGCCCUUAUGGGAACUUCGGGAGCAGGAAAAACAACACUUCUCGAUGCUCUCGCACAGAGGACUAACAUCGGUGUCCUGACUGGUGACAUGUUUGUGAACGGUAAGCCGUUGGAUCCUUCGUUCCAACGCAAGACCGGCUACGUCCAACAACAAGAUCUUCACCUGGAAACCACCACCGUCCGAGAGGCUCUUCGAUUCUCCGCAUACCUUCGACAGCCGAACACUGUUUCUAAACAAGAGAAAGAGGCAUUUGUGGAGGAGGUCAUCAAAAUGCUCAACAUGGAGGACUUUAGUGAAGCAAUUGUGGGCAACCCCGGAGAAGGACUUAACGUUGAACAGCGCAAACUCCUCACUAUUGGUGUUGAGCUGGCAGCAAAACCCGCACUCCUCAUCUUCUUGGAUGAACCUACCUCAGGGUUGGAUUCGCAGAGCUCAUGGUCUAUCGUGACAUUCCUCCGGAAACUGGCCAAUGCUGGACAAGCGGUGCUAUGCACCAUCCAUCAACCUUCUGCUAUCCUGUUUCAAGAAUUCGACCGGCUGUUGUUCUUGAUGAAGGGUGGUAGAACGAUCUAUUUCGGCGAGAUCGGCCCGAAUUCAAGGACAAUGCUUGACUACUUCGAGCGGAAUGGAGCCCACCGUUGUGACGACGCCGCCAACCCGGCCGAGUAUAUGCUCGACCUUUGCGGCAAGUCUGCUGAUCGCGACUGGAGCGAGGUAUGGAAGACCACCCCCGAAGCUCGUGAGGUCCAAGCCGAGCUCGAUCGGAUUCAUGAGGCGAAACGAACCGAUCCACCAGCAGCCCGGGAGUCGACUUCGGAAUUCGCCGUGCCGCUGACUUCUCAAAUCUACCAUGUUACCAUCAGAGUGUUCCAACAGUACUGGCGAACGCCAUCCUACAUAAGUGGAAAAUUUCUCCUAGGUAUUAUGGCGGCCCUCUUCAUUGGCUUUUCAUUCUACAAGCAAAAGAGGACAUCGUCGGGUUUGCAGAACACAAUCUUUGGCGUUUUCAUGCUUGUCAGUAUCUUCUCCACUCUGGUCCAACAGAUCAUGCCUCGCUUCGUGAUCCAACGGUCGCUCUACGAAGUCCGAGAACGGCCAUCGAAAGCAUAUUCCUGGAUCGCCUUCCUCGUGGCCAACAUCUUCGUCGAGAUUCCCUAUCAGAUCGUGCUGGCCAUUCUGAUGUGGGUGUCAUGGUACUUCGCCAUCUUCGGCAAAAACCAAAGCGAUCAGACACGAGGGUUGAUGCUGCUAUUUGUCGUGCAGUUCAUGGUGUUCACCAGCACCUUCGCCCACAUGGUCAUUGCCGCGAUGCCUGAUGCCGAAACGGCCGGCAACAUCGCAACCCUCUUGUUCAGCAUGAUGCUCACUUUCUGCGGUGUGCUUCAAACACCGACGGCUUUGCCUGGCUUUUGGAUUUUCAUGUAUCGGGUCUCUCCCAUGACAUACAUGAUCUCCGGCUGGGCCGCAACUGGCCUCAACGGUCGUCUCGUCGAAUGCGCACGCAACGAACUCGCCGUCUUCGAUCCUCCAUCAGGCCAGACCUGUCGAGAAUACCUAGCUGCCUAUCUCGACGGAGGAGCGCCAGGCCGAUUGUACAAUCCCUCUGCAACGGCCGGAUGCGAAUACUGUCCGUUGACGUCCGCCGACCAGUUUCUUGCCGGGAGCAACAUCUACUACAGCGAGCGGUGGAGGAAUUUCGGAAUUGGAUUUGCUUAUAUUGCAUUCAACAUCUUCGCAUGUAUCAUGCUCUACUAUCUCUUCCGCGUCCGGCGCGUCAGUAUAGCCAAUUUGGCGGCAAGGCCGGCUCGGAUCGCGGAUCUUGUUCUGUAUCGGGGACUGAGGAGAUUGUUUGCCCGGCAUGCGGAGCCGACGCCACCAGGUAAAGAGGCGGAUUUACAUCGAGCAUUUUGA